AUGUCAAGUUCUCAAACCCUUGGUGGACCGUCCCGGUGUGGCUGGCUACUGGGGCCGUCGUUAGACAAGAUCAUCAAGAACGUGGCUUGGAGGAAGCACUCCCAGCUAGUGUCCGCCUGCAAAUCUGUUCUUGAUAAGCUUGAUUCUUUGCCCGAUUUACCCGACGAUCCCGCAUCCUGUUCCCCCCUCUACGGUCUAUCUUCUACCGAUGCCGAAUUCGUUCUCCACCCUGUCAUCAUGGCUAUUGAAUCCGCCUCCCCAAAGGUUGUUGACCCCGCCCUAGAUUGUGCCUUCCGACUCUUCUCCUUUGGACUCAUCCGUGGCUGCCAAAUCGACCGCACUGAAGCCAAAGAUAAGCCUUCCCUUAUUUUUCGCCUCAUAGAUUCCAUUUGUAAAUGUACGGGCAUGGGCGAUGAGAACAUUGAGCUUGCUUCCCUCAAGGCUCUGCUCUCUGCUGUUCGAUCUCCCUUUAUCUAUAUUCGGGGUGAUUGUCUUGUCUACAUUGUCAGGUCCUGUUACAACGUGUACUUGGGUGGCCAAAACGGCACCAAUCAAAUCUGUGCAAAGUCGAUUCUUGCUCAGAUGAUGAUAAUUGUUUUCACCAGAGCCGAGGAGAAUUCCAUGCUUGUUAACUUUAAGACAGUUUCUGUGUUUGAACUGUUAGAAUUUGCUGAUAGGAAUUUGAAUGAAGGGAGUUCUAUACAAUUUGCUCAAAACUUCAUUAACGAGAUUGUGGAGGCCAAGGAUAGCCUACCUGAUGCAACACUAUCCUUGGAAUUGCAGAAGGGCGUGAAUCACGCUGAGGCAAAAGCUGAUGAAGAGAUGGGGAAGGGUAUAUCAGCCAAUGAGAGGGAAAAUUUGAGUGAUUACAGUAUAAUUAGAGAGGAUUGCUUUAUGCUCUACAAGAAUUUGUGCAAAUUAUCUAUGAAGUUUUCUUCGCAAGAACAUCCAGAUGAUCAGAUCCUUUUGAGGGGAAAAAUUCUCUCCUUGGAGCUUCUGAAUAUCAUCAUGGGCAAUGCAGGCCCUAUAUGGCAGACAAAUGACAGGUUUCUUAAUGCUAUCAAACAAUAUCUGUGCCUAUCAGUGUUGAAGAACAGUGCACUAUCUGUUAUGACUAUUUUUCAGCUUCUUUGUUCUAUAUUCCGAAAUUUAUUGUUAAAAUUUAGAUCCAGCUUGAAAUCAGAAAUUGGAAUUUUCUUCCCCAUGCUCGUACUUCGUGUGCUCGAGAAUGUACUUCAGCCCAGUUUCUUACAGAAGAUGACUGUUCUGAGUUUAUUGGAAAAGAUCUUACAGGAUUCACAAAUUAUUGUCGACAUUUUUGUUAACUAUGACUGCGAUGUGGACGCUCCAAACAUAUUUGAAAGGAUUGUCAAUGGCCUUCUGAAAACUGCUCUAGGUCCGCCUCCUGGUUCCACUACUUCAUUGUCUCCAGCCCAAGAUAUGACAUUUCGUCAUGAAUCAGUGAAGUGUUUGGUCAGAAUCAUCAAGUCAAUGGGAACAUGGAUGGACCAACAGCUGAAAACUGGAGAAUCCAAUCUGCCAAAUUUCUCUGAUAAUGAGACCUUGAUGGAGAAUCCCACAACCUUUAACGAAGACAGAAAUAUUGCUGAAGAGCUUCAUUCAGAAGCAACUUCUGAAUUUGCAGGUGCUGCAGCCUUGGAGCAGCGCCGAGCUUAUAAAUUAGAAAUUCAGAAUGGUGUUGCACUGUUUAAUAGAAAACCUUCAAAGGGGAUUGAGUUCUUAUUAAGCAAGAAAAUUUGCAGCUCCCCAGAAUCAGUGGCAACUUUUCUCAAAAAUACUACUGGCCUUAAUGCUACUGUGAUUGGCGAUUAUCUUGGAGAGAGAGAGGAAUUUCCUUUGAAAGUUAUGCAUGCAUAUGUUGAUUCCUUCAACUUUGACGGAAUGGACUUUGGUGAAGCGAUCAGAUUUUUCUUAAGAGGAUUUAGAUUACCAGGAGAAGCUCAAAAGAUUGAUCGCAUCAUGGAGAAAUUUGCUGAGCGGUAUUGUAAAUGCAAUCCAAAUUCAUUUACUAGUGCAGAUGCAGCUUAUGUUCUUGCAUACUCUGUGAUAAUGCUCAAUACUGAUGCACAUAACAGUAUGGUAAAAGAUAAGAUGACCAAGGUUGAUUUCAUCCGGAAUAACCGAGGGAUUGAUGAUGGCAAGGAUCUACCUGAAGAGUUUCUGGGCACCCUCUAUGAUCAAAUUGUGAAAAAUGAGAUUAAGAUGAGUGCAGAUUCUUCUGCUCCACAAAGCAAACAGGGGAACAGCCUUAAUAAACUACUGGGCUUGGAUGGUAUACUCAAUCUAGUUUGGAAGAAUACAGAAGAAAAACCAUUGGGUGCCAACGGACAUCUAAUAAGGCAUAUCCAAGAGCAGUUUAAAGCAAAAUCUUCAAAAUCUGAGAGUAUAUUCUAUGCUGUCUCAGAUCCUGCAAUAUUGAGGUUCAUGGUUGAAGUCUGCUGGGGUCCUAUGCUAGCUGCUUUCAGUGUGACUUUGGACCAGAGUGAUGACAAGGAAACUACUUCUCAAUGCAUGCAGGGUUUCCGAUAUGCUGUGCAUGUUACUGCUGUUAUGGGCAUGCAGACUCAGAAGGAUGCUUUUGUCACCACUGUAGCUAAAUUUACUUACCUCCAUUGUGCUGCAGAUAUGAAGCAAAAAAAUGUUGAUGCUGUCAAGGCAAUGAUAUCAAUUGCUAUUGAAGACGGGAAUUAUCUUCAGGAAGCAUGGGAACAUAUUUUAACAUGUUUAUCUCGAUUUGAGCAUCUCCAGCUCUUGGGAGAAGGGGCACCUUCUGAUGCAUCUUUUUUUACGGCAUUGAAUGCCGAAGCUGAAGACAAAACUUUAAAAUCUGCAAGUUUUUCAUCUUUGAAGAAAAAAGGAACACUCCAGAAUCCUGCUAUGGUGGCUGUCGUUCGAGGGGGAUCAUAUGACAGCACCAGUCAUGGAGUCAAUUCCCCUGGUCUUGUUUCUCCCGAGCAGAUCAAUAACUUCGUUUCGAACUUGUAUUUGCUUGACCAAAUAGGAAAUUUUGAGUUGAACCACAUUUUUGCUCACAGCCAGAGGUUGAACAGUGAAGCAAUAGUGGCUUUUGUGAAGGCACUUUGCCACGUCUCCAUUUCUGAAUUGCAAUCUCCAACUGACCCUCGCGUAUUUAGCCUUACUAAAAUUGUGGAAGUUGCGCACUACAACAUGAAUCGCAUCAGGCUGGUAUGGUCUCGAAUAUGGAGUGUUCUUUCAGAUUUUUUUGUGGCAGUUGGUUUAUCAGAAAAUCUUUCGGUUGCAAUCUUUGUCAUGGACUCAUUGCGGCAGCUUGCUAUGAAAUUCCUAGAACGAGAAGAACUGGCAAAUUAUAAUUUCCAAAAUGAAUUUUUGAGACCAUUUGUGAUUGUCAUGCAGAAAAGCAGCUCCACAGAAAUUAGAGAGUUAAUAGUUCGGUGUAUCUCGCAAAUGGUCCUCAGCCGGGUCAAUAAUGUAAAAUCCGGAUGGAAGAGCGUUUUUAUGGUUUUUACGGCUGCUGCAGCCGAUGAAAGAAAGAACAUAGUCUUGCUGGCCUUUGAAACCAUGGAAAAAAUAGUGCGAGAAUAUUUUCCUUACACAACUGAGACUGAGGCCAUCACUUUUACUGAUUGCGUUAAAUGCCUCAUCACCUUCACACAGAGUAGAUUCAACAGUGAUGUUAGUCUCAAUGCUAUAGCUUUUCUUCGGUUCUGCGCUGUCAAACUUGCAGAUGGAGGACUUGUUAGCAAUGAGAAAACCAAGGGAGAUGAUUCCUGCACUCUGGUAGAGAACAACAAUGCUGUGGAUGGACAAAGCUUUGUGGAAAAAGAUGAUUUUAUGUCUUUCUGGAUUCCUUUGCUUUCAGGGUUGUCCAGAUUAACAUCAGAUCCUAGAUCAGCUAUUAGAAAGAGCGCUUUGGAAGUUCUUUUUAAUAUUUUGAAGGACCAUGGUCAUCUUUUUUCAAGCCCGUUCUGGAUCAAUAUUUUCAAUUCUGUGAUCUUCCCCAUAUUCAGUUCUGUUCGUGAUAGUAGAGAUGCACAAAAGAAGGAUGACUGUUAUCUGAAAAGUUUUGAAUCCCCGCAUCCUGACAGGAACAUAUGGGACUCUGAAACUUCUGCAUUGGCAGUGGAAUGCCUAGUUGAUCUAUUUGUCAGUUUCUUUGAAAUGGUAAGGACUCAACUGCCAAGUGUCGUCUUGAUACUGGCUGGGUUUAUUAGAAGCUCUGGCCAAGGUCCUUCAAGUGCUGGGGUAGCUGCAUUGAUGCGUUUGACCACUGAUUUAAGAGGCAGACUUUUGGAAGAAGAAUGGCUAGAUAUCUUCCUUUCUUUGAAAGAGGCUGCCAUAUCCAGUUUGCCGGGAUUUUUAAAGCUUUUGAGAACCAUGGAUAGCAUUGAAGUGCCUGAAGUUGCUCGCUCCAAUAAUGACACAGAAAAGUCUUCUGGCCUCGGAAUAUCCCACGAUGACUCCGAGCACGAUAAUCUGCAAACUGCUGCAUAUGUUGUUUCAAGGGUUAAAAGUCAUUUAUCCAUGCAGCUGCUCAUUAUACAGGUUGUAACUGACCUUUACAAAAUGCAUUGGCGAUCCUUAUCUGUGAACACUGUGAAUGUCCUUCUCGAAAUCUAUUCAUCCAUUGCUUUUCACUCCCACCAAUUGAACUCUGAGACAACACUGCAGCUUAAGUUACAGAGAGCGUGCUCUAUCCUUGAGAUAUCGGAUCCACCCAUGGUUCACUUUGAAAAUGAGUCAUACCAGAAUUAUCUCAACUUCCUGUAUGAUCUACUUAUGAAUAAACCGUCUUUGUCUACAGAGAAGAACAUAGAAGGAGAGCUUGUCUCCGUAUGUGAGAAAGUAUUGAAGAUGUACCUGGAUUGUGCUGGAUUGAAAUAUACAACACAGAAAGUAGUCAGUAAGCCUAUGGUACACUGGGUUCUUCCAUUGGGUUCAGCUAAGAAGGAGGAAUUGGCCGCCAGGACGCCUCUAGUCCUAUCAGUUUUGCAGAUUUUGGCUAGUUUAGAAAAAGAUUCAUUUAGAAAGCAUAUUUCACAGUUAUUUCCUCCAUUGGUAGAUCUUGUUCGGACCAGACUUGUGAGCAGUCCUGUGGGCAGUGGUGCUGGAGAUUGUACCGCCAGUGGGUGA